ACUAACGGUACUCCUUGUCUAGAAGUUUCGAGCCAUCAGACAGCUAGCUUUUUCUAAGUCUACACAUUUUUGAUAGUUGACAUGGCUAAGGACAUGACUCUGUUUUGGGGUUUUGGCUCCCCACCCUGUUGGAGAACCAUGAUCGCCUUGGAGGAGAAAAACUUUCAGGGUUACAAUCAGAAACUCCUGUCCUUCGAUAAAGGAGAGCAUAAAUCGAAAGAAGUCAUGGACAUUAACCCAAGGGGGCAGCUUCCUACAUUCAAGCAUGGAGACAAGAUCCUUAAUGAAUCAUAUGCCGCUUGCAUGUAUCUUGAGAGUCAAUUCAAGUCCCAGGGUACUCAGCUGAUCCCUGAGAGUGCUGCAGAGCAGGCCCUGAUGUAUCAACGCAUGUUUGAGAUUCUCACCUUUCAGCAGAAGCUGUAUGAUGUCGUUUACUAUGAGUACUAUGUGCCAGAGGGAGAGAGACUUGACUCUGCUCUGAAGAGAAAUAAGGAGGCUUUGACCGCCGAAUUGCAGCUAUGGGAAAACUACCUGCAAAAGAUGGAGACAGGUUCAUACCUGGCAGGGAAAAAAUUCACAAUGGCUGAUGUUGUUGGAUUCCCUGUUGUUGCUUAUGCCUUCCAUCAUGGAUUAUCUGAGGAAAGAUAUCCCAAACUGACAGAGUAUUACAACCUGGUGAAGGAGCGUCCCAGUAUGAAGGCUACCUGGCCCAAGGACUGGCAGGAGAACCCUCAGGGUACGGACAAACUAAAGGAUCUGUGAAGGCCCAAAAUUGCCCUGUAGGAAUCAGCAAGCUUUAGUACUGUUAGGAAAUAACGUGUCUGCUUCAACAUGCUCUUCUCUUUAACUAAACACUUGCAAACACAGCCAGUUUUACUCAAAUCUUUACUGUAACAGUACUUGCCCUUGUUUAUGCUGGAUUCAUCCUAGUUUUUUUUCAGACUGUUUCCUUGUUUGUCUGUUUUUCUGAACUGUAACCAAAUCUGACUGGCCCUUCUGGCAUAUGUUUGAGUAUGUAUGAGUAAAGUAUUAGUUAACUGCUUUCCUCAGGCCUUUUAUUGUCUGCUACUGAGCUGUCUGUGGCCUCAACUUUUCAGUUUAUGUUAAAGUCAAUGCUUAAAGUGAUUUCUGUUCUUCAUUUUUUCCACAGUUAACAACAGAUAUAAAUCAUAAAUGAUCAUACUGAUUACCCUUUUGCACUCAAACAGUGUUUACCUUUGUGUCAAACAGUGUUUAUGUUAUUGUGUUAGCAUGCCUUGAGCGUUUGCACUUUCACGUCUUGCCAGUAGUAUUUCUGUGCAUGUAAGAUCACUAUUAUUGUAAUGAUUGUCUAAAAAUCAAAUAAAAUUCCACGGUUGACACGAGA